GAGGGUGUGUCCAGAAUAUUUGACGACGAGGACGUGGAUCAAAGACCACAAUUAACGGAAAACGAUUUUGUCAUGGCCAUGGCAAAUAAUGAAAAUGAUAUGUUUUCAUAUUUUGAUUCCGCAUUCUUGCGUAAUUGGGCUGGUCCAGAACACUGGAAAUUAAAGCGCGUUGCCAGAGAUGCGCAAAACGAGACGAAUUCAGAAACAAAGGAAAGGAAGAAAAAAGAAGCAUUUUCCAUUGAUUUCAUCGGAUCUGAUGAUGUGAAUGAAUUGACAAUUUUUGCAUCUGGCGGAAAUAGUCUCAUAUUGCCAAAACUGGCCGAACACGUUCCACACGGCCAUCGACUCCCCGAUGAUAUGCAUUUUUCAUCCAAACAGUUACUUCACUUAUUCCUAAAACCAGACUACAUGUUGAAAGUGAGACGUCGGUAUGAACAGAUUGUUGAAAGUAAGAAAUUCUUUGGCGAUGAUUUUGAAGUAGGCGAAACCUUUUGGGCAGAAGGAAAUAAUAAUGAAAAUGAAGAAAAUACAUCUUUUCCAGACAUGACCAUGGUGACGGCAGGAGAUACCUUUUUUCAAGAUGAUGACGGAUUUGAAGAUGAAAUUAUCGACGAGGGAGAGUUUGGUGACAAUUUAGUAUCUCAGGCAAGACGAACUAAGCCUGAACACAUUAAAUUUGCCAGAACGGCAAAAAGAAUCGACGUUAAGAAGUUAAAAGAUAACAUAUGGAAAACGUUGCCUCAAGAAAAAGGAACAAGAAGAUCGUUAACGAGAAAUACACAAAUUUCUGAUUGUGAUCAAGACGAAAAUUUAUCCGCCACUCAAGAACAAAUUAAAGAUCAAAGAUUCACUGAUGUCAUAAAAAACCUUGCGAAAAUUUACCCGGAAAAAAAGAUGAAAGACAUCUCGGUACCAUUUUGUUUCAUAUGUUUGCUACAUUUGGCAAAUGAGAAAAAUUUAAGCAUAACUGUGGCAAAUGAAGGUUUGACAGAAUUGGAAAUUAAAAAGACCGAGAAGGAUAAAGAGAACUAG